AUGCGAUGCGCGAGCAAGGCCGCCGAGAGCGCGUCUGCACGUCUCUGUGCGGAUGCCGAAGCAGAAACAACAGCAACUGAUGUCCCAUCGGUUGCUGAAGUGACUCAGCCUGUAUCACCUGGUGAUGCAGGCGCUGGUCAUGAAGACACUCGUGUCUUCACAGAGUACGAGCUCGGUGUCUCGUACUCUCCUGAUACGGAUGACGGAUCCGUAUCGACGGCGAUUGAAUCUAAGCCGCCUGCCAAGCGUGGCAUGGACGAUGCUUUGCGUCGUAGUAUCUUUGGUUCGUCUGACGAUUCAGACGAACCAUCGCCGAAGCGAAGGCGCUCGAGGUCGCGAGACUCGGGCGCUAACAGUGGUGUCGGUUCUUCUAUGGACACCACUUCACAGCGAGGUGCCAGUACUUCUGUCGGCACGUCGCAGGAAGAGCGGGACCGCAGCGUGUUGCGUCUCGCUCCUGAGAAGAAGGCAUGGAUGCCUCCUAAAUCUGUCAUGGAUCACUUGUCGGCGACGACGAGUGAUCGUAAUCGAACACGAUUGUUCGAUUCGUCAAGGAUCCAUCACCUUGACCCCAGCGCGAAAAACUAUCGCGCUGAACACGAAUUCUUCAUCGAUGCUUUCUUUAGACAUCGAUGGUACAGGGGAAAUCACAAACGUGAUGGUCCCUCACUACUUCAGGCGUGGAAAGCCUACAUCCAUAACCUCGAGGAUGUAGGUCGUGACGCUUGGAACGACAAACUUAUCAAAGCUCGUGAUAAGUUUGAAAAGCGAACCCCGACAGGUGCACGCUACAAGCUGCAUCGUCUAUCAAGGGAGAAAGGAUUACCCUGCCUCUCUUGGGGAGACUCGUGCCCAUGUUGUGUGAACAACUCUGCACGAGCACCUAAGGAGGCUUACCUCCUUACCAGCCCGUGGUGGCGCGUACGCAUCUCGUAUCCACAGGAUGUGCCGCGUCGUACUGCUCAACCAGACCCAGUACGUCAACCAUCAGUUGGGAGCGGGGCUCCCAAGAAUCCCAGGACGGGGGAUAGCCGCGCCACCGGACGAGAUAACUCGUCCGACGUCCGUUCACGUCGCGGUGGUUCAACAGCUGCUCAACUAGAUAGCGCUGGCCACCGCGAGAGUCCUCUAAUGGAGGUGGAGGAGGAGGAAAGACGCUCUCCACACGAUCAUGUGGAUCCGUGUGUUCCCGAGAGCUUCUUUGAUCGCGUAACGCAAGGGUUACGCGACGAUCUCGAGCAUGAGCGGAAUAGGCGUCUCCAAAUGGCGGACACUGCCUUGAAGCAUCGAGCUGAGUUUGCCUUUGCUCAGCUUGAUAACGAGAGAUCUCUGACAUCUCUUCGUGACGAGCUAAGGGUAGCUCGUGGGAUUGUUGAUCGGUCUCGGGAUGAGAUAACUGCUCUUCAGACCCUUGUUGAUGCCCACCAUCGGGAGCACAAGGCUCUCUGCGAGAUGCUUGAGCGCAAGGGCGUUCUUCAUCGGAAGAAGCAGCGUACUGAUGGUACGGCUUAA